AUGAGUUGGGGUAUUGAACUCUGGGAUCAAUUUGAAAAUGUUUCAAAAUUUACCGAUAAAAGUAUCCAAUUUUGUGAAAGAUAUGAAUCAUUUGUUAAAGAUCGAUGUACAAUAGAAGAAGAUUAUGCCAAAGCACUUAAAAAACUUACAAAAUCUUAUCAACCAAAACGUAAAGAAGAUGAAGAGUUUUAUGGCAAAUAUUCUUUUACAAUUGCCUUUAUCAAUACAUUGAAAGAAUUACAAGAUUUAGCUAGCCAACAUGAAUUAAUAUCUGAAAAUUUAAAAGAACGUGUUAUUAAACAAAUACAAACAACUGUUAAAGAAUGUCGGGAACAACGAAAAAAAUGUCUUGAUGAAUAUACCAAAAUAAAACGACAAUUAGAUAAACAACAUGAACUGAUGACAAAAGCUCUUAAGAAGUAUGAUGAAGCUCAUGAUUCUGCUCGGCGUGCAAAGGAUGGUUACGAAAAAGCACAUGAAGAUCUCGAUCUAUCUCGUGCUCAAUUAGAAAAGGCACGUGAUGCAAUGACAAUAAAAUCCAAGUUAUGUGAUGAAUCAAAAACAAAUUAUUCAACAAAUGUUCAAGCGUUUAACGAAGUACAACGUAUUUUCUAUGAGCGCCAACUGCCAUCGGUUUUAAAUGAUUUACAAGAGACUGAUCAUAAACGUUCAAAUGAAUUAAAAGAUUGUUAUUUUAAAUUUAUUCAGUCAAACUUAGAAGUGUUACCUCGCGUUGAGAAAUGUCUAGAAGAAAUGCAUAAACAAACACAACUGAUUAAUUCCAUUCAAGAUUGUAACAUUGUUAUUGAUGAUUACAAAUCGGGCUAUUUGAUACCAGAUGAUCAAAAAGAAAUUGAUUUAAACGAUAACGAAUCGACAUUUACAACACUAGUAAAUAAUAGUAACCAAAAUCAUAACAAUAAUAACAUUACAGAACAACAACUGUAUAAUAUCAAUUUAAAUAAUAGCACAUCACUCGAUAGCGCAAAUGGUUUAGGACGGUCGAAUACGUUGCGAAGUACGGGUAGUGAUCACAGUCAAAAUGGACAAACAUUGUAUGUUGGAAGUGCCGGAGGACAAGUGAAUGGUAUUCUGAAUAGUAAUAAUACACAAAUACUCGUUCAACCAACGAAAGGAACAGGAAAAAAAGGAACGGCAAAUACAAUACGAAAAAUAUUUGGCGGCGGAAGUUAUAAUACACAACGGAAGCCCAAUGGAUCAAGUUACGGUCAAAUACCAGCUACCACACCCUAUGGAACUCUUCCACCUGCUCAGCGUGUAAAAAAGUUUCAAGAACAUAUUAACAGUUGUAAAGUGGAUUUGGAUAAAAAACAAAAAGCCAGAGAAGGACUAUUAAAAAUGAGAGCUGUUUUUAUGGAAAAUCCAAAGUUUGGUCCUGAACAAGAAGUCAACGGACAACUAGUGACCAUUGAGGAACAAAUUGAAAAAUUAAUAGCUGAAAUAAAAAGAUUUGAAUCUUAUAUGCAAGAGCUAGAACGUUCGAGAUUAUCCGAUGCCGAUUCACGUUUACGUGCUAACUAUGGUUCUGAUUUAUCUAUUGGACAAACAAGUAUAAAUUCUAAUCCAGGAACACCCGCUCAAAAUCGCAGCACAAUGUAUUCUCGUCCCAAUUAUGUUGCAUCAGCAGCAUAUAAAAAUUUUAAUCAUCGUCUGUCAUCGUCAGCAGCGAAUAAUCUUAUAAAAUCGACUAUGAAUAAUCGACGAUGGUCCACAAUUGGCAAUUAUCUUUUACGUUCUAGUCCACCAGAUAUAUCUGACCAUGGUACGCCUAAUCAACAACAAACACAUUAUAAUAACAGUACUAAUAAAAAUUAUUACAGUCAUUCAUCAACGUAUCAACGUUUACCGUCAUUAAAUGCAACAACGACUGAACACGCUUCGGCAAGUCUUUCACCAAGAACAACAAACGAUCGUCGUUCACCAUCGUAUGAUCAUUCAUUAAAUGCAUCAUUCGACGAAGAAGAACAUUCGAUUAACGAAGAUUUAUCAUUACCAUCUUCCGGUCCUGUAACUGUACAUAACCGUUCAACUAUUUCUGUUGAACAAACAAUACGAUCGAAAGCAUAUGUUCUCUAUGAAUUCAAUGGUAAUGGUAGCAAUGGUCAAUAUGUAAAUGCUGUAUCCAUUUACGCAGGCGAAACUGUCGAUAUCCUUGAACAUGAUCAAGGUGAUGGAUGGACGCGAAUACAAAAAAUAGAUGGUACAAGUGGUUUUGUACCGUCUUCUUAUAUCAAACAAAUUAGACAAGAAGAUGAUACAAUAACAACACGUUUUGAAACUGGCCGAUUUUAA